AUGAAGCUCCUCACUCUCAUCUCUACAUUUGCCACUGCGGGCCUCGUUUUUGCGGACCAGAGGUCCCAACUUGAACAUCCCAAUUGGCCCCCGAGUCGCUUGAGUGCCCGGGGUAGCACAUGCCCUAGGCCCAUGUGCCAAACACCCGCUAAUCAAGAUCCAAAUGGCCCUCCCGCCUGCGGCGACUCAUACGCAGCGUGCAAGUUCGACCAGUUCCCUUGCGACGAGUACUUCAGUCCCAAGGUUACCGACACUCACCAUUGCUACUGCAUCUUGGCCAACAAGCAGGCAAUGAAUGAGUAUUGCCAGUCACUAGGGUUCAAGAGUGGUACCAACCCUUGGAAGUACUACUACGCCGUUGAGUGUCACGGCGCUGCCAAUGACCAGGUUUGUAACACGGAUUGUCAUAACCAAGGUCGUGGCAAUGGUAGAAUCGACAAAGCUCAUCCGAAUGGAGCGUGUGCGUGCGACAAGCCUAACCCGCCUUAUGAUACAUGCAAGCAGUCUUGA